AUGCCGCUGGAAAAGCUUCAGGAAUUUUUCAAUCAUCCGGCAGGUCCUAGAACUAUAUUCUUCUGGGCUCCACUCUUCAAAUGGGGCCUGGUAAUUGCCGGCUUGAGCGAUAUGUCUCGUCCAGCCCACCAGAUAUCGACAUUUCAAUCAGGAUCAUUGGCUCUGACUGGUUUUGUAUGGGCACGAUAUUCUUUAGUGAUCACUCCCAGGAAUUAUUCGUUGUUUGCCGUUAAUAUGCUGGUUGGGAUUACACAAGGAAUUCAAUUCUCCAGAGCGAUGUCUUACCAUCCACCAACUAAUAAUAUUUAG